AUAAUAAUAAUAAUAAUAAUAAUAAUAAUAAUAAUAAUAAUAAUAAUAAUGAUCUGAUGGACCUACCACAGUCAAGCUGUGUGUUGUUUCACAGGGCAGUUGUGUCUGUGUAGUAAAGCUGCUGAAGAAUGUUUAAGUAUCGGAUCCGGAUGUUUUUCAAUGAACUCAAAGUGUUGCUACUGAUGCGCUCUGGAUCAAGCAGGGGGACUGAUACAGGCACAGACACACAGACCAGGAUGCGAGGGCUCGCUAUAGGAGGCUGUGGUUGGCCGCCGCUGAACUGCUCUCACCGGGACGACGAGGAGGAAUAUUACGGCUCUGACCCCCGGCCACGCAGCCUGGCAUUUGAGGAUAAAGAAGGAGCCAAACCCCAGGGAGGGGGCCUGGACGCUGCUUCCCUCCCGAGUCUCUCAGAGAGCGGGACGCGAUCACCGCAGUGCCGGAUCUGCUUCCAGGGGCCAGAGAAGGGGGAGCUGUUGAGCCCCUGUCGCUGUGACGGCUCUGUGCGCUGUACUCACCAGUCCUGCCUUAUCCGCUGGAUCAGUGAGAGGGGCUCCUGGAGCUGUGAACUCUGCUACUUCAAGUACCAGGUCCUGGCCAUCAGCACCAAGAACCCACUGCAGUGGCAGGCCAUCUCUCUGACUGUGAUCGAGAAGGUGCAGAUUGCAGCCAUUAUCCUGGGCUCUUUGUUCCUCUUCGCCAGUAUCUCUUGGUUGGUGUGGUCGUCUCUCAGCCCCUCAGCCAAAUGGCAGCGGCAGGACCUUCUCUUUCAGAUAUGCUACGGCAUGUACGGCUUCAUGGACAUAGUUUGUAUAGGCCUUAUAAUCCAUGAAGGAUCAUCUGUUUACCGGAUCUUUAAGCGUUGGCAGGCUGUGAACCAGCAGUGGAAAGUGCUGAAUUACGAGAAAGCGAAGGACUUAGAUGACCCCAUCAGUUCCGGCAGUAAAGGCGCUGAUCGUGUUGAGAGGAACUCUUCUCACACUGUCACAGACAGCGGACAGAGGGCGAGUCGGCAUGUCAGGACUAUUCUCCACCACCACUGUGGCUAUACUAUUUUGCACAUCCUCAGCCAGUUAAGACCCAACAACCUGCACAGCGCCAGCCAUGAGGUGGUCAUGAGGGUGACCACUGUAUGAGGCUGGGUUAUAUACAGACAAAUGUCCUCUGAUGUUUA